GAUCUUAACAAUAAAGAUAUCGUGCGAAUGUGAUGCAGCUUCUGUUUAUGCUGUCACAAUAAUGAAAACGAGAAAUAUAUAAGCCAGCGUUUUUUUUUUUUUUUGACAAGCAGAACCGAUUUCACUAUCAUGAACCUUCAGACUUCGUUGGUACUCGCGUUCGCGACGACAGCUCUGCUCGCUGGCAGUGCUGUCGGAGCACUGGAGGGCGAGGGGAUCCAGGGUGGUGAAGUUGUUGAACUGGGAAACUUUACCUACCAGGUAACCAUUCAAAUCAACGGUCGUAGCAUCUGCGGUGGAGGAAUCAUCAGCUCUACCCACAUAGUCACUGCUGCCCAUUGUGUCACCGACGAAAAGGGAGAGUUCACCAAAAAACCUAUGAAGAUCGUCGCUGGAAUCCAUGACCUCAAUAUUUGGGCCCCGACGUGGUUCGCCUCCGAUGUUCAGAAGGUCUACGUACCCAAGACCUUUGGUCUCACCGACUUCAAGAACAGUAUUCCUGGUGACAUCGCCGUUCUGAAACUCUUUAUGCCGCUGAAUAUGGAAUCAAACGAGAACUUGAGCAUUCUCAAGCUGCCAACUGAGAAACGCAGCUACGCUGGUGAGAAAGCUAUCAUUAGCGGCUACGGCUGGAACUGGGUCGAUCUCGUAGAGAACCCAGAGACGGGAAAACAAGAAGAAAAGGGCGGUGGUAAGGACGGAAAGAUGCGAUUCGCCGAGGCUAACAUCCUCAGCACCGAAGAAUGUCAGAAGGGAUAUAAGUCUAAAAUCACCGAGAACCAUCUUUGUGCUUCUCUUGUUCAACGUGAUUCGGACAAACCCGAGGGCAUCUGCUACGGUGACAGUGGUGGCCCUCUGGUAUACAACGGUGACACACUUAUCGGUGUCGUGAGCACCAGUCCUCUGGGAUGUCGGGAGACUGAAGCUGCAGCGGUCUACACAAGGGUAUCGUCUUUCCUGGACUUCGUCUACAAGGCUGUGAAAGAUGUCAAGGAUAAAAGCAUCCGCACCACUACGCUGAUGAUCGUCGGCUAGUUUUUGUAGUUUAAAUUAUUACGUUUGUUAAAUAGUCUAUGUAUAAUUAUUUAUUUUUAUAAUUGUUAUAAAUAAAUUAAAUUUUUCUGAA